AAUGACCUCGAUACCGUCGGUGCUACUUCCGAGCCGCCCUCCUGCUGUCCAAGCCCCUAUGAUCGGUAUUGUAGUCUCUCAUCUUCUGCUUCCUCGGUGACCUCUGCCUCGCCUUUCUGUCGUUGUUCCAUCGAGAUCACCUUCCCACUCUUCUUCCCUCCCCAAUCAUACUUCGCCUGCUUCACCUGGGCGGGAUGGCCCGGUCCUCCUACUACGCCGUUCGGCAAGGUCGUAGCAUCGGCGUCUUCAGAACCUGGCGAGAGUGCGAAGAGUCAGUGGUUGGCUAUCCUGACAACGACUAUCAAAAGUGCGCAACUGAAGAUGAGGCAUGGGACUUUGUCAAUGCAGACGGCCCAAGCAGCACGCCUAGCAAUGGUAGGGCAGGAGCUACAGCUGGGUGGGGUGUCUGGCACGAAGACGAGAAGUAUGAGCAUUUGAACAGGAGCGAGAGGCUGGCAGGUACUGAGCAGACUAACAAUCGGGCCGAGCUGACGGCUGCCAUCGAAGCUCUACGAGGAGCACCUCGUGAUGGGAAACCAAUCCUCCACACCGAUUCUCGCUACACAAUGGGAAUCAAAGACUGGCUGCCCGGUUGGGAGCGCAACGGCUUUCGCAAUUCUCUGGGCAAGCCCGUUGCAAAUCAAGAUCUUGUGCGGCAGCUCGAUAGAGAGAUCAAGAUGCGCGGAGGCAAUAUCGAGUGGAAGCAUGUCAAGGGGCACAGCGGUAUCUAUGGCAAUGAGAUGGCAGAUAGGUUGGCGGUGCAAGGGGCGAACAAGGCGGCUCGCAAAGCGUCUCCAUGAGCUUACGACUUCUUUCGAAGCUCCCAGCUAGGCAUCGAGCCCGCACCAUGCGUCACUGGAGUGCUCUCAUCUUAAUCCUUUCAUGACUUUGCCACGACAUCAUCAACGAUACCCUAAGACAUCAAAUUGGACCUUCAACUACAGUACUCACUGCUACCCAUCAAACGUCGCCGAGAUACACCUUCUCUUGCCGUUUCAAGCAGCGGAUAGCAAUGACGACAAU